CGUGCAGAAGGAAAUUUAGUAGUAUGGUUGUGGGCGAUUCAAAUUAUUGUAUAGUAGGUGUGGAAUUGGAUGUGUUUGUUUAUGAAUAUUGAGAAUCUCAAGUCAGCGGCGUCGUGCGACAUGUUGAGUGCACAAAUGGAGAAAUUCAAAGAAACCACGCCAAAGAGAGAGAGAAAUCUGCAGGCAGUGACUCAGUGACUACUCGGCCUAGCGAUCGACAAGUGUCCGCCAAUGGCGUCGAUUCGUUCUGUUAUUGCAGUCAACUUCUUCUUCUUCUUCUUCUUCUUCUUCGCAGUUCCAUCCAGUCCGAUCUUCCAUGUCCUUCCAUCAAAUUCAUGCCCUCGCUUCACACCAAUGAUGGGAACUUAUAAAAAAUUCUGGAAACUUAUGUGUGAAAAAGUUGGGGUUCAUAGCCAUACUCCUCCUUUCUGCAGCAAGAAAGACACUGAAUGUGUGGGGAAAACAUCUCUUCUUAAAUGUGUAUUUAGAGCAUUUGAUGCAGAUUUCUUCAAUAACACUAAGAUGGAUGAGGUUCUUAAGGGAGCUGAAGAAUUUAAUUUGCCUACAAUUCGAGCCAAUCGGAAGCUAGUUGCUUCUAGAAAUGGAGGUCUGCAUAAUCCUUCUCCUUUGGUGUUCAAUCCCGAGUGGGCAAAUGAAAACAUUCGACAUAAGAGCAAAAGAUUCUGCUAUCCUUCUGUUUCUGGAGUAAAGAGACCAAAAAACGAAGAAGAUAUUGCCUUCAUGAGUGUUCUUGAACUCGGAGAACUAAUUAAAACAAAGCAGAUUUCAUCUCAGGAGCUCGUUCGAAUUUUUCUGCAGAGAUUGAAAAGGUACAACCAUGUUCUUAAAGCAGUAGUUUCUUUUACUGAAGAAUUGGCUUACAAACAAGCAAAAGAGGCUGAUGAAUUGUUUGCUCGAGGAACAUAUUUAGGUCCACUGCAUGGAAUUCCAUAUGGGUUGAAGGAUAUAAUAUCUGUUCCAGGAUACGAAACAACUUGGGGUUCAAAAAGUUUUAAAGAACAAGUAAUUGAUGUUGAAGCUUGGGUUUAUAAGCAGCUGAAAUCAGCGGGUGCUGUUCUUGUUGCAAAACUUGUUACGGGAUCGCUUGCGUAUGAUGACAUCUGGUUUGGUGGUCGGACGAGGAACCCGUGGAACAUUGAGGAGUUCACUACAGGGUCAUCAGCUGGACCUGCAGCAUGUACUUCUGCAGGUAUGGUUCCAUUUGCAAUUGGAUCAGAGACAGCUGGUUCAAUGACUUAUCCUGCAGCUCGAUGUGGAGUUACUGCAAUUCGGCCAACAUUUGGAACAGUCGGUCGCAGUGGAGUGAUGAGUAUUUCUGAAAGUUUGGAUAAGCUCGGUCCAUUUUGUAGAAGUGCUGUUGAUUGCACAGUCAUUUUGGAUGUCAUUAGAGGAAAGGAUCCACACGACCUCUCUUCGGUUGAGAGUUCGCUUGAAGAUCCAUUCUCCGUUGACAUUUCCAAACUUACUGUUGGAUAUCUUGAUGAUGCUGAAAUGGAGGUUGUUCGGGUUCUUUCAUCAAAGGGCGUUAAUAUGAUUCCAUUCAACUUGUCUUAUUCUGUUGACUCUGUUCAAGGCAUCCUUAACUUCACUAUGGAUGUUGAUAUGUUGGCUCAUUUUGACGAAUGGCAACGUUUAGGGCUUGAUGAUGAAUAUGAAGCUCAAGACCAAUGGCCGACUGAACUUCGACGUGCACGUUUAAUCCCUGCAGUAGAUUAUGUGCAGGCACAGAGAGCAAGGGGAAAGCUAAUUAAGGAAGUUAGAGAAAGAUUCAAUGUUGAUGCUUUGAUUGGCAAUGCCACUGACUGGGAGAGAGUUUGUAUGGGAAAUCUUGUUGGUCUGCCUGUUAUUGUUGUUCCAACAGGUUUCAAAAACAUCUCAAAUCCACCUUCAACUGGCCCCACAAGAAGAAGAACCACCAUUACCACUGGCAUUUAUGCUCCUCCUCACAAGGAUCACAUUGCUCUAGCUUUGGCUAUGGCUUACCAAUCUGCAACUGAUCACCACAAAGCAAGGCCACCAAUAGAUGACUUGGGGCCUGAUGAUGUUAUUCGAGAUCCACCUUUGGUUUCUAUUCCUCCAAGAUUAUUGCACCUUUGAACAUGAAUCUACACUUUAUUUGAUGAACAUAAACAUCAUCUUCCCCUUAUCUUACAUUUUGGUGACGCUUUUUUUCUUCUUUUUGGUUAUAGAAACACAAAUGGUUUAGUCUUGAAUGUUAAUAUGUUACAUAUGUUUAGUUGUAACAAUCUUGAUGUGGGGUUCUUGUAUAGCCUGAUGCUUCCAGUUCGAGCUUGCUUAAUGGAAUCGAAAGAACAAGUACUUUGUUGAUCUCUCAUAUCCAAAAGGUGAAAAUGCAUCGUCUCCCCCUUUUCA